AGGAGGAGGGAAAGAAGGAGAAGGAGAAGAAGAAGAAAGAAGAAGAUGGUUUUCAAGCACUUCACGUUCACCCCGGACGACCCUUACCUAGUCAAUGUCCGUCCGGGCUCUCCUCACCCCUUCUUCUCCAUGGUGGUGUCGGCCUCGCCUUCCCCGGAUGCGUGCACCAACUGCAUCAGCAGUUUCACCUCUGCCACCCAUCGCCGGAGCUCAUCUGCUCCUGUCCAGGACAAGUGUGUCAGAGUUGAAGCAGAACUAGAAGCGGCGGAUGAAGUCACAGAGCAAAUAUCGAACCACCAUGCAGUAGCAGAAGAAUACAACGAUGAAGUCCGACCUCUUGGUUCGCAGCCAAGCGUGCUUGCCUUCUGGAGGAGGAUGAGUAGAAGAAGAAAGCUGCAAAGUCGUUUCUCCCGUACACCAGGUGAAGAUAUUCAGUUUUUACAUAUCAAGAGAUUCUCUCUGCGUGAGCUGCUAGUUGCUACCAAACGAUUUAGCCCUGAGAACAUUCUGCAUCCUGGCGAGCUUGGGAAUGUUUAUACAGGACGUCUGGCUGAGGGGCCUCAGGUGGCAGUGAAAAGGUUUAAAGAGGAGUAUCCUCAGGGUGAGGGACUGAAGUUUUUCCAGACAGAGCUUCUAGUAAGCCGCUUGGCUGUUCACCGGAAUCUUCUUAGGGUACUUGGACUUUGCACGACUUCAACAGAACGUUUGCUUGUUUAUCCAUAUAUGGCCAAUGGAACCGCAGCUUCGCAUCUCAGAAUCAGAGCGACUAAGCAGCAGGAUUCACGAUCCCAACUUGGGUGGCCCUCCCGGAAGCAGAUCGCAUUGGGCACUGCAAGAGGGCUUACAUACCUGCAUGAGCAAUGUGACUUCAAGAUCAUCCACGGUGCUGUGCAUUUAGCAAACAUAUUACUGGACGAGGAUUUUGAAGCAGUAGUGGCAAAUUUCGGGCUAGCCAAGGUCAUGGACCAUAGAGACACUCACGCGACAACAUACGUCUGUGGCAUGACCGGGUCCCUUGCCCCUGAGUUCAUUUCCAGAGGAGAGUUAUCAGAUAAAGUAGAUGUGUUUGAUUACGGGGUCAUGCUGCUGGAGCUUGUCACCGGACAGAGGUACUUAGCUCUUGAACUAGUUGCCAGAGGAGAGCGUGUCAUGUCGCUUGACUGGGUAAAAGGCCUCCUAAGAGAGAGGAAACUGGAUAUUCCAGAAGAUCACGUCGAAGAUGAGGUGGAGCUACUUAUCCAAGUCGCUCUGAUGUGCACCCGAGACAAUGCAACGGAAAGGCCCAGGAUGUCUGAGGUAGUUGAAAUGCUUGAGGGAGAAGGCUUAACAGAGAGAUGGAGGGAGUGGCAGAAUGAGGAAAUGAUCCCAGGCUCGCACCCCUCGUUUUUAGACUGGCGAGUCAAAUCGUACUGGGUGACUAGCAAUUCCGAUUUCACCCCGGAAAUCGAAAUCUUAGAACCGCGAUAAGAUCGCGUCCAAAGUCAUAAAAUCGUAGAAUCGGUGCGAUUAUACCGAUCCUAUAUUAGGCUUGAAACUAAAAAUUGGACCAAGCCCAAUCUAGUUGUUCAGCCCAUAGAGCAGCCCAAUUGGAAUUUUUCUUUUCCCUCUUCUACUGAUCGAUGAAUGAAUAGAGACUCAACUCCUGACUUCUGAGCUCUGUCAAAGUCUCGAAGAAAGAAAAGACUCUAGCCCUAUCUUCUCUCAUUGCUCAAUUCUUGCAUUCUCCUGUUGAAAUUGCCUUCAUCCCCCGCUCAAAUUGCAGAUUGUAAUCGUUGUCCUCCCUCCUUUAGUUGAAAUUGUUGAUUGUAAUCGUCGUCCUUCGAGCACUGUUGUGUGCUACUGUUUGCUUCGAGCUCUGCACUGCUGCUCUGUUGUGCAUUGAUGAUGUUGGUGUUGGCGAUGAAGAUUUGGAUGACAUUUAAUCUGUUUGUUCAUCCUAUGUUAUGUUAUUAGCUUUUUAUUUCCAU